AUCCCCAUCGACCCGCUCCUCCUUCAGCCCGUAGAGCCAUGUAACAUGCACCCAGAUUUCUUGCAUCUGGCAGUCGAAAGAGGAAGAUUCCUCAGACAGCCCGCUUUAGGUAAGCGUGAUUUAUCCAAACAGACAAACAAAAAACAUGCACCGAGACGCGCGUUUCGGACCUAGAUUUUGCUUCGGAUAUUCGCCCUUCAGUUUUUCGGGCGAGCGUGAGACAGUUAUGGGGCGUGCAUCCUCGGCACCGCUCACCAAGUAGUAGUGGUUGAGCAUCUACCGCUGCCGCUCGGCAAUGAAUCUGGACCGCGGUGACAUACAGUGCUGCGCUGUCUGUGCCUGGCAAGGUCGCAGGCCCAGGGCAAUGGCACCGCUUCCCAUGUCAGAAAUGUUGAGCGCAGUUUCAUGCUCCCCAUAGACAAGACGCUGGUCGCCAUUCUCCUCGUCGCGUUCACUCGAUAGACUGAGAGACUCACCCUCACCCUCGAUGGACGCUGCUCGGGGCGAGGCUGUGCUCCGCAGGCUUCCAGAUGUCGUCUGGAAGCCCCGGUCUGAGUCUCGCUCCUCGUCUGCGUCCUCCUGCGCGUCCUCUGUUGCUUCUUUGGGCCCAGCGCGCGGCAAGGGCGCCGAGUGGCUCCUCCCCUGGCUUGAACUCGUCCUCGAUGGGCUGCGAGCGGGCGCACGCUCGUUUGGGUCCGCCGCCGCCUUCAAUGGAGGCCUCGCCCUCCUGCUGAAGCUCCUGCACGCCUUCAAGCGGCGCAGGCUCGACUCCCUCACCUCCUACCUCAAGGCCAUCGUUGGCGUCGAGAACGUGCGUUUUGCCGCCAUGGUCUCUCUCUGGUCCUUUCUCUAUCGCAUUACCCAUGGCUCGCUCCAGCUCAGCCGGGCUGGACCUUCUCCUUCUGCGCCUCUCCUCCAUCGGCCGUCGUGGCCUCUGACGCCUGCGAUGAGUGUCACUACCAGCUCGAGUAGCAGCAGCAGCGGCAGCACCAGCAGUGGCAGCAGCAGCAGCAGCAGCAGCAGUGGCAGUGCAAGCAACGGCAGCGCAAUGACGAGCGCCGCAAGCAGCCCUGCCACAACAAUAAUCACGCUCAGCGACGAGACGGGCGACGCCGACAAAGACCCCCAGGAGAGGUGGUACGACGGCUACGUGGCGGGCGCCGUCAGUGGCCUGGCGAUCGCCGUCGAGACACGGGCGAACCGUGUGUCGAUGGCGCAGCAGGUCAUGGUCCGCGGCCUCCAGGGCUCCCUCCACGGCCUGGCCAUCCCCCAUGCCGCCGUGCUCGUCUUUGGUCUGGCGUGCGGCCAGAUCAUGUAUGCUUCUCUGAACCGGCCCGAGACGCUUUCCCCGUCGUACGUGGCCUGGGUGCGCAAUGCCGCGCACGCAUCGCCGGCCUCGAUGAGGGUCCACGGUGCAGUGCGACGCGGAGAGCCCAUCGACAUCGAGCGAGUGGCCAAGAUGCUCCUCAAAGGAGGAUCAGUCACGCCGAGGAACGCAAGCACAAUCCAGCGCUGGCUCACUGCCGACGACAGGCGCGGCACGAUUCCCUGCGCAGUGUGGCAUCCCUGGAGCGACUCGCACGCGCGUGAGGCCGUGAAGCGCUUCUUUGUCGUCACACGCUGGGUGUGGCCCGUCUACCUCACCCUGACGAUGCUGCCCACCGUGACGCUGCGCUUUGCGUCGCUCAAGAGGGCCCCGCUCAAGGGACUCCUGCUGGCCCUCUUUGCCUCGGUGCGCUCCUCGUGCUUCCUCGGCGCCUUUGUCUUCAUCUUCCAGGCCCUCCACUGCGUGCAGAAUGCCCUGGGUAUGCACUCGACCAAGGCCGACUGGCUCAUCGGCUUCGCCACCUGCCUUUCGCUCCUUGUCGACGAUGCCCGCCGGCGCGUCGAACUGGCCGUCUACGUUGCGCCCCGAGGCGCCCAGAGCGCAUGGGCAGUCGCGAGGCAGAAGCGGUGGCUGCCGCAUGUGCCCGCCGGCGAGGUACUGCUUGCCAGUGCCGGCCUGUCGCUCAUCAUGGGCACCUACACCAACCACCCCGACCAUCUGGCCGGCGUCGUGCGCCGCAUCGUCUCGAGGCUCAUCGACUGAGCUCGCAGACUACCCACACUCCUUUUUUGCUGCAUUCACUAGAGCGCUUUGUUCUGAAAUACACACUCCUUUACAC